AUGACCACUGCCAACCACCGUCACAAGCCUCACUUCGAAGGGGAGCCUGGAGGCUCUGUUUGUUCUGGCAACUCUACCAAUGAUGUUUCCGCCUUUGCAAGAUCACUCUAUCAGAAGUUUGUUGAUUUGUUCUUCGUCGACUUAAAAUUCGUGAUUCCGUGGAGUGACGCAAUUCGAGUUUUCGGAAAGGGACAGUACACUGAAAGAGCGGCUGCAGUUGUGACUCAUACAAUUGUUGAAGUCAUACAGCCAGAGAAACAAUUAGAUCAGAAGAGAAAGGUUAAGUUCAAGAUCAUGAGUCUAAAGGUGAAAGCAGGAUCAGAUUAUGUACCUGAGUUGUAUGGUCUUGGAAGUGAGAUAUCAAUUAAUGGGGAUGUUUACAGCUAUGGCAUCUGCUUGUUAGAGAUGAUGAGAAUAAAGAGACCAACUGACGACAUGUUUCAAAAAGGCCGAAAUCUUCAAAACUUUGCUAGGAUGGUUAUACCGGACAAUGUGAUAGAGAUUGUGGACCAGAUGCUUCUAAACAAAAAUGAAGACGAGGUUGGAGCAACAGAAAAAAACACUUGGCAGAAUCAAAAUAGGGCAAGCAAAAGAGUGUUUUGUUUCAGUUUUAAGGAUUGGAGUGGCAUCCUCCAUGGAGUCAUCACAAGAACAGUUGAAUAA